AUGGCAGGGUGCACUGUGCCCAAGGUCCCCAUCCUGUUCCUGUUCCUCCUGCUAUUUCCAGAGCUCCAUGUGGCAGGCACUCUUGCAUCUGGAUCUUCUGCCCGGAACCUACCCAAAACUCACUCCCACCUACCCAGUUCGGCAAAGUGGGUGCCUCAUGGUCGACGGGGCGUGGGCAAAAAGGACAGGAGCCCAGGCGUACCAAGCGGGGCCCAGGAGGGAGCUGUGGUCACUGCCACCAGGCAGGCUUCCCAGAUGACGCUUGGACAGCACCCUGUGGGCCUUCUUCAGGACAAGGAGCUGCUUCUAGGGCUGCCACUGCCCUACCCCGAGAAGGAAUCCCGGUCUCCCGGGUGGGAGCGAGUGAAGAAACGCGGCAGAGAACACAAGAGGCGCCGGGACCGGCUGCGACAUCACCGAGGGCGAGCUGCCAUUCGUGGCCCCAGCUCCCUAAUGAAGAAGGUGGACCGCUCUGAAGAGCAGCCGCUGGAGGGCGCCACCGAGGAGUCUUCCACCAGCCUGGCCCCCAGCAUGCUGUUCCUAACCAGCGCAGACGCUGCCAUUCCUACCACCCAAGAGUCCCGGAUCCUGCCCUUCACCUCCCCAUGGCCCCAGCAGCUGCAGCCCAGGUCCGAUGGGGAAGUGAUGCCCACGCUGGACAUGGCCUUAUUUGACUGGACAGACUAUGAAGAUUUAAAGCCAGAGGUGUGGCCAUCUGCAAAGAAGAAAGAGAAACACUGGAGUCACUUUGCCAGUGACGGUAAUGAGACAUCACCAGCUGAGGGGGACGCGUGUGAUCAUCACCAGGAUUGCCUGCCAGGGACGUGCUGUGACCUUCGGGAACAUAUCUGCAUGCCCCACAACCGUGGCCUCAACAACAAAUGUUUUGAUGACUGUAUGUGCAUGGAAGGGCUGCGUUGCUAUGCCAAAUUCCACCGAAACCGCAGGGUCACUCGGAGGAAGGGUCGCUGCGUGGAACCUGAGACAGCCAAUGGGGACCAGGGAUCCUUUAUCAAUGUCUAGCGCCGGAGUGGUGCUUCUCCACU